AUGGCGCUGCACCGGUGCUGGCCGGACCGCGGCGACUCCGCGUUCGUCGUGUCGGCGUACGCCGACUUCCUCCUGCUAUUCUGGUGCCUCCGGCGGUACGAGCGCGCGGAGCCGGGUUCCUCCCUCAGGGAGUGGCUGAAGCUGGCGGUGUGGCUGCUCACGUCCGCGCUCACGCUCCUCUUCUCGUACAAGGUGGCCGCCGUCGCGGCGGUCGUGUGGGUCAUGGGCCUCGCCACCACCUGCGGUGGGUUCCUCGCUUUCUUCUGCUUCCAGAAGACGACGUGA